AUGGACCAUAGAUAUGAGACUUCUCAAACUCUCAGGAAAUGUGCAGCAUGCUAUAAGAAGUUCAACACAAUGGAGUCUCUAGUUGAACACAUGAGGACAUCCUAUCAUUCAGUUCAUGAACCUAUGUGUUGGAUUUGUGAAAAACAUUGUCGAUCUUUUGCAUCUUUGAGACAACACCUUAUUGGGCCAUUACCAAAGGCUAAUUGUGAAAAGAUUUUCAAGGAGCUAGGAUGUAACAUUUGUUUGACACUCUUUGCUAGUCGUAAUGCACUAAGGGCUCACAAGGAAUUAUGUCAACUUUCACGCUCAAAUAAUGGAUUUCUCUAUCGCGUGGCUAGAUUGGGGUUUCCAAAUGACUUAAGGAUUGACAAUAUCCAAAGAAAAGUUGUUGCUAUUUCUUGUAAAAUAGUAGGUGGUGGCAUCGAUGGCUCUAUUGACCUUUGUGCAAGAGUUUGUCUAAUUGAUGAACAUGAAAGAAUCCUCUUUGAUUCCUACGUUGCACCAAAUAGGCCAAUCACUAACUACAGGUAUGAAACAUCGGGGAUAAGUCCAGAACACAUGAGGAAUGCAAUGCCAAUAAACCAAGUAGCAGGAAAAAUUCAAUAUUAUAUUUGUAAUGGGGAACUUCUUUGGCAAAUUCAUUCUGGAAGUGGAAGGACUAGGAUCCUUGUUGGUCACGAUUUGGAUCGUGUUUUUAAAUGCUUAGGACUCCAAUACUCAUCAGUAAUGACAAGGGAUACUGCAAAAUACCCUCCACUGAUGGACACAAACAAGAACAGCAACUCACUCAAGUACUUGACCAAAACUUAUCUUGGGUAUGAGAUUCAGACAAGAGUUCAAGAUCCAUAUGAUGAUUGUGUGGCAACAAUGAGGUUGUACAUGAAAAUGAAAUCACAAGCUCAUAGAAUGGAGGAGUGGCCACUUGUUAUUGACCCAAAAACUUGUAAUAUUUUUGGGUCAUGGAGACAAAGUGAAUUUGAGAAGAUGACGCCUGCACAAUUGUUGGAAAUCUCACGGUCUGAUUAUUACUGUUGGUGUUUGGAUUCUUACAUAAAUUGA